GUCCUCAUUCUCCUCAUGCCCUCUCCCUCCGCAGACAUUUGCUCGAGUGUUCCAGGCGGGCCUCGCAGAGUGGUUGCCCCCCCACACCUCCUCGGUGUCGUGCCGGCGGAGGCGAUGCAGCACGCGGUGCCGAGGGUGCCCCUCCACUUGAUCCCGGGCACGCCCGAGGAGGCGCGCGAGCAGCUCGCCCGGCUGCUCCGGGCGCGCCCGGGCAUCGAGGAGGACCUGGGCUGCCGGCCAGGGUGCUCCGACCGGCAGCUCAUCGAGUCCCUCCUCAAGCACGACUCGCCCUUCGCGCUGCUCCGCUCCCUGGGCUUCGACUCCAGCGCCGCCUCCAACGCCUCGUGCUUGCUCAAGGAGUCCAAGCUGACGCCCAGGGUGCGCGACCUCGCGCGCAACAUCGAGGUGAAGCUCUCGCCGGUGCAGCGGCCGCUGCCCACCAGGGGGACCCCCGUGAGGCGGAAGAGCGACAUGGCCGACGUCCCGGAGAGCACCUUCGACUGGCGGAGGGAGGUGCUGGACGUCACGCCCGCCCCCCGCAACGAUGGGCACGUCCCCACCGCGAACCCUAGCGGGCCCCGUCGCGGUUCGGACUGGGGCAGGCAGUCACGAGUUGGCAUUAACAGUGGUACGGCCCGACUGGCCGGGGUAGUGGAACUGCGUGGUGCGCUGCAGGUGCAGCCCCAGGGGAUCUCGGAGAGCUUCGAGUUCGUGCACGUGGAGGCCGUGGAGGGCGACGCCGGCCCGGUGGGGCAGGCUGAGGCCGGCGGUGGCGCCGACGAGUGCGGACUCGGCGCCCCCGCAUUGGACUCCGACCUGCUGGCGCUGGACCUGGCGAGGCUGUGCCUCCAGCAGGGCAUGCCGCAGCUGGCCAAGGUGUACAUGGAGCAGAUCAGUGUCAUCGACGUCAAGGCCGGGGCGCUCCCGACUCCGAUGAUGGCCAGCAUCGUCGAGGGGGACGAGGAGGGCACGGCAGAGAAGGCGGCGGGCCUGACCCACGCGCCAGCGCAGGGUCUGGCUCAGGUCGGCUCGCCCGCGCCCCAGUUCGAGCCGAUCGCGCUGGACACGCCGGCUGGCCUCGCCGACCACGGGGGCGUCGUGCGGGCGGCGCCGGGCGCUGGCCUCCUGGAGCCUCGCUUUGCGGUGGGCCAGCGCGUGAUGUUCGCUGACAACGAGGCUGGCGAGUGGAAUGCGGGCGUGGUGACCUGCACGGGCCCGCUGCUGGUUCGCCCAGAUGGCUACGAGGAGAGUUUCGACUUCGGCUUGGUGGAACCCCUGGACUCUGCGCAGCUGGGAGGUGGCGCAACCGAACGUGCCGGUGUCCAGGACGUCUCGUCUCGCAGCUGUGGUGGCGGCCGCGCGGAGAGCCCCAACGCUUCCGACAACCCUCACACGUCUAAUUGCUCUGGCGCCUCGUCAAACGGUAUGCCGCCCUGGCACGGUCUAGGGACGACCCUCAACACGUGCACGUCGCGCGUGCCGGGGUUCCCCGCCGCCCUGUCCCUGCAGAACGCGAGCGCAGUUGACCGCACAGUACUCUCGUCACCAAAGGCCGGUGCCAUGAUCAAGGGAGCGUCGUGGCUCCCGUGCUGCGUGGCGCGCUAGCAGAGUGCGCCGUCUCUUGCGUGUGCCCUCCCUGACAUGUUCCGCACGGGCAGUGGCCCCCCCCCAGUUCCAGCGGCUCCGGGCCGAAGGCUUCGUGCUCCCGCGCUUCCGGUAGGCGCCGAUGCAGCUGGUGGCGGAAGGCUGCGUCCGAAGAAGAAGAAGAAGCGGCGUAAACAUAAAUGUCCGAUGGUCCGCGCGGAUUUCUUGCAUCCGCGUUGUGCCCCCCUGGCGGCGGCUCCAUCGCCGCUCCUGGUGCAGAUCCAAAAAAACCGCGCGGACCUUCGAAAGUUUGAUUUCUGCCGUUUUUUGUUCCUCUAUGCAUGGUCGUCGGGGGCGGCGUGCACGGAUGCUCUGGCAGUGCAGGGGGUGCGGGUCGUUGGACAUGCCCAGCAUCGAGAGGCGGUUUGAUGAGCACACCUUCUUGGUGAGUGUCGACCGGAUCAGCCUCGCCCUCAAUGACUUCAGCCCCUCUCGCCCUCCUUCUCCCUCUGAUGGCUUCUUUUGCCCUGAAGAUCUCAACCAAUGUCUGCACUUAGUAUUGGGGGCUCUCACUUGCGCUGUAAGUGCAUCAGUGGACAGACUUUCCACCGCUUGCACUGAUAGCCUACACCACGUAACUUACACAUCCAGAGCGCAAGCCGUCAUUGGUUGGGGUCUACGCUAGCAGAGUUUGUUUAUGCAUCAUUGCGUUCACUGCCUCAGGACAUCUUUGAGAAAUCUCCUGAGGUGCGUCCAUGCUCAUGUCUCCGCGAAAUCGGGGAGACUUUCGUGCAACCGACAAAGUCUGGCAUUACUUUGGAGGAUUUUGCCCCAAUCCGAUUGCCUUGCUUGUCUUAGGACUUCCACGAUUAGAUUUGCAUCUGAGCAGGCAGCAUCGGUCAAGCUGGGCUGCCAGCUCUAUCCGGAAUUUGUUUCUUGCCAGUCUUAUGGGACUGGCUGAAUCCAGCCAACCAGUUGGUGAUCAGGCUACGCAGAGGGUUGUCCAGGUGCUCCUCUCCUCGA